AUUCGUCUACUUUCUUCUAAUAGAAGACAUAACUAUUAGAAGCUGAAGCUCACUGAGCUUAUAUCUGACAUCUCCCAGAAGCUAUCUGAGCAUUUGAACUGAGCCAUCACCAAGAAGAUGACUUGCCAGACUUACAACUUGUUUGUUCUGUCUGUCAUCAUGAUUUAUUAUGGACAUACUGCAAGUAGUCUAAAUCUUGUUCAACUUCAAGAUGAUAUAGACAAACUGAAAGCUGACUUUAACUCAAGUCAUUCAGAUGUAGCUGACGGUGGACCUAUUAUUGUAGAGAAACUGAAGAACUGGACAGAGAGAAAUGAGAAAAGGAUCAUACUGAGCCAGAUUGUUUCGAUGUACUUGGAAAUGCUUGAAAACACUGACAAGUCAAAGCCGCACAUCAAACACAUAUCUGAGGAGCUCUAUACUCUGAAAAACAACCUUCCUGAUGGCGUGAAGAAGGUGAAAGAUAUCAUGGACCUGGCCAAGCUCCCGAUGAACGACUUGAGAAUCCAGCGCAAAGCCGCGAAUGAACUCUUCAGCAUCUUACAGAAGCUGGUGGAUCCUCCGAGUUUCAAAAGGAAAAGGAGCCAGUCUCAGAGGAGAUGCAAUUGCUAAUGGCAUCUUAUGACCUCCUGUGCUCAACUAUUUUAAAUUUUACAAUGCACAAUUUUUAUGUUUUGAUUUUUUAACUGAGUUUUUAUACAUUUAUUUAUUAAUAUUUAAGUAUUUUAAAUAAUUAUUUAUAUUAAAAAAAAACCAGGCAAACAAUGAAAGUAUUUAUACCUCCUACUGCUGUGUAAGAAACGAUUUUGUCUUAAAAUACUGUCUAUCUGUUGUAUGUUUGUUGACCUGAAAAUACCGAAUGAGGUGAUGUUUACCGAGUUUCUGUGUGGAAAUACUGAAUUGACGUUGAUACUGUACUCAGGAAAACCCACUCAUACCUGCUCAGCUCUAAGCAUAUCUAAAUCCAAAUCAAGGAAGUAGACUUGCUUUAAGGUGAGAAAAUGCUGAAGCACUUUUCUGAACUGGGAUCUGAGAGAUUUAUUACUGAUAGUUAUUGUUAUGCACUGAAGCAACUGAGAGGCCAGGCAACUUGGCAGCUCCAGGAAAUGUGACACUCUAUUGCACUGACUUAACUUCAACUCAUUUACUAUGAACGUCUCUGUACUUCUUUGUAUUGAAUCAUCUAAGUGUGUCUGACAUCAGUUUAUUUAUUUGGAAGUAGCAGUAUGGAAGAUUUUAUCUUAAGGACUGUAUUUUUGUACUUGAAUAUUAUUUAAAACUUUGGAUUUUACAAUGAAGGUUUCUUAAAAUUUGGAUAUGAAAUAAAGAAAAGAAUAAAUUAA